UGGGAGAGAAGAGUUUAGACGUGUUCGUGUUAAGCGGAAACUGAAAAAUAAACAAAUACCGCUACCGCGUUACUGCCGUUAACGUUGAUUCGUCGUUUCGUUCCGUUUUGUUGUUGUUAUUGUAGUUGUUGAUAAUGCUAAAACGUUAACUUGUUGUCAGUCGCAUGGCUUAGAGGGGGGAAACGAAAUACGAAUAAAUGGUGUAAAAUGCGAAAAGAAUAAGUGGUAAAGAGGCAAAUCAAUAAAAAUAAAUAUUUAAUACAAAAGUGAAAAAUAAAUAAAUAGCAAGGCAAUUGUGUAUGCAGUUUGCGUGUGUGUACAAGUGUUUGUUGUGUGUGAAGUCAUUUAUAAUAAAAAAUUCAAGUAAGAAGAAACAAAAUACACAAAAGUUGAUAUUAUGGCAAACCACAAAAAAAUGAAGUGCAGUGGGUUUGGUUUAUUAUACUCGAAACAACACCAACAGCAGUAAUUCCAAAGGAAAAAGUGUUAAAUGUAGGCAUAAGUGAGAAAGCCGGAAGCUUUAAAUUGCAGAUGUCUGCCUUCGAAAAAUGUCCAACAAUGAAAGUUAAAAUAUAAUAAUUACAUCAAAAUUGUUAAAACCCUACGCGAACAAAGCGUAACAUUUUUGGCUACAACAAUACAAAAAAUUAUUAAGUUUCAAACUGUCAUUAUAGCAAAGGCAGAUUCCCCUACCAGUUUUAGUGUGGCCGCCGCUAGAAACAAGAAAAUAAACCAUACUUUUUCAUUCACAGCAGUGCAAACAUACAUACCUAUCUGUAAAACACAUUCGAUAGUCAACAAAACUUGGCUUAAAUCUACCUAAGAGGGGUGUGGUGGGCUGAAGUAUGACAAGCCAAAGAAGAAACUCUGCCGUGUUGUAAAACAAACGUUCUGUUUUUACACCACAUAGCACAGCAAAGAGUCGCUGGGGCAAUGUACACACAGAGAAAUUCCCACACACACCUUAACUAAUCUUGACUUAAACCGGGUUCUAGCAGUUGUCAUUGCAUUGUUGUUGUUGCUGUUUGUCAUAUUGCCAAUGAGAGUAAGAGUUGAGUAUGAGAAAUUUGCGCUCCCCACAAUUCUACGGAACGAAAGCUUAAACGGCAAGAGAGUACAUUGGAGACUUGUAGGAAUUUAUUGAUGGUUUGGUUGAGAGAGAGACAAAGAGGGAGUAAGUGCUGUGUGUACCUUUGUUUGUCCACAGCGAACAGCAGCAACAGGUAGUAGUACCAGCCAAACAUAUUCAAAAUCCUCAAUUGUGCACUUACUCAUACCAUUGCAAAGCUACCACAACGAGGCGAAUAUUUUAUUUGUUUUUGGUUUAAAAAAGAAGAGAGGAACCAAAAAACAAUCAAAUGCAAACGGAAACACAUCAACAAAGAAUGUUUUAAAGCAGAUCCCGCUUUUUUGUAAUGAUUAUCUGGUUUUUGCUGAUCAACGAUAUUAAUUAACAUCAGUUUCUUCAAUUAAAAAUAUCAGCCUUUGAUCUCCCUUUAAAACACCAAAAUAAUCACGAAAAUAUUACGAUCAUCGAGUAGUGUCUCUAUUGGCUCCCAGUCUACUAUGGUGAUCGACCAUAAAAAAUGGCCAAAUCGAAAAUUGCUCUCUAUGCUGCCGGUGUAACUUGUCUGGGAUUCAUUUGCUUCGCCUUAGCCUCUGCAGCCGUGGGCAUACCCAUUUGGGGUUACUAUGAUUCACAAUCGGGUGGAUAUGAUUUCGAUCAUGGCUACUUUGGACCUUUUAAAGUUUGCAAACAAUUGGCCUACAACAGGGAGAAGUGUGGCAAUGAUGUAUCGAAAUUUCGUUUAUCAUCGGCCAUUUUCAUAAGCGGCAUUAUGGCUGUGCUAAGCUCCUCGGCCUUGGGCCUCUUUUGUAUAUUGUCUGUUAUACAGAUUGCUAUGAUUUCGUCGCGCGAAAAGGUUGUUAUGUCUUAUGCCGGUUUGGUUAUGACAAAAAUGGUUUUGGCUUUAGUAGCUGGUAUUUUGGCGUUGGUGGCCACCGUCAUGUUUGCUGUACAAAUUGAUGAAUCGGAAAAAUAUGGUUUCCGCGUAUCCAGAGGAAUAUCUUUCUAUUUACAGAUUGUUGUUAUUGUCUUAAGCAUAGGCCUAUUUGUUUUGGCCUUAUAUGAUGUCCUUUAUUCCAAACGUCCGGGGGGAGAUCCCACCAUGAUGAUAGAUGCUGCUUCUCCUUCAUCAGCGACAACGAUAAAUAAUCCAGGCUUUAAGGAGCCUAAAACUAAAAAUGGAAUUUCCGUUACCGAUGCUUCAGGCAAACCAUAUGCGGGUAUACGCAAUGGUUCGGGAAGUGUGGCCUCCAUGAGUACCAUGGUGACCAGUGUAUCGAAUGGUUCCACGGUGGAAUCAGUAACCAGAUCUCCUCUGCGAUCGAGUCUUAAGAAACCUCGACCUUUACCCGAUCCAACUUUGGGCAUACAAAAUCCAGGCUAUUCGGGUUCAGGCAAUUCACCGCCUCCCAUGCGUCGAAAUGGAAGUGUGAAAAAGGUUCGCAUUCAAACCCACAGUACGGAAGUUUAGUUUAGUGGGGGGACCAAUUGCCCAAAAAGAGGCCUAGGUAUAGAAACAUAAAAGCAUAGAAUUAGUUUUUUUUUAAUUGUUUUUAAAAUGUUUCAUUAAAGACUGUGUACAGAGAAGUAUAACAAAAUAACUUUUUCCGAUUAGAAACAAAGAAUAAGAAUCCCACAGUGGUUUCUCAAA